AUGAGUACAUUGGAGAGGUCAUUUGGCAUUCUUGAAGAUGAUAUUAUGGCUGAAAAGGACGAUUAUGCAGUUGCCAAUGGCAGUGGAGGUGGAGGUGGAGGUGGUGACGGUGGUGACGGUGGUGAAGGUGGUGGAGGUGGUGGAGGUGGUGGAGGUAGUCCUGGUGAUCGAGGUGGCGGAAGAUACGAUGAUGGUGGUAGAGAUGACGGAAGCGGUGGCGGUGGUGACGUUGGUGGAGAUGGAGGUGGUGGUCGUGGUGAUCGAGGUGGCGGAAGAUACGAUGAUGGUGGUAGAGAUGACCGAGGCGAUGGCGGUGGCGGUGCCGGUUGCCAAGGAUAA